GUUCUGACGGCUUCACAGAUAUCCUCCCCGCUUCGUCACCUCCCCCCAACAACCUAAUCCCGGAAACCAUUCACUGGGUGGAAACUAGACUAGACUCCUCUACAAGUCGUCUAAAACGCAGAGUCCCACCCACUCCCUCCUCUUAGCAUAUUCUGCAAACCCAUUGGCCAUUGAAACUGUCAAUCAUCACAACGGCCUCGGGGAGAAGUGGGGGUAGAACCUUAGAGAUGGCGGAGGAGGCGGGAUUGUCCGGGCGGAGCAUCUUCGCGUAGCUUCUGGCCUCAGGCCCCUCUAGCGCAGGGAGGGCUGGGAAGUCUGUGGGCAGAGUGAGGCUGCGGCUCGGGGUGCCGGACGUAAGAGGUCCCUUUGUUGACCAGUUGAGACCAACAUAAAUAUGGCUUUCUACAGCCGUAAUAUACUUUUUGCUAUUGCGAGAACAAGAGGUCCUCACUUUUUUGUCCUCCCUAGUUACCCUCGAUAUUCCCCAUCAGUUUCAUUUCUUCAGCUGGCAGAUUCCCAUUUAAAUCAAAACUAUGUGAGAAACUAUGGAAGCAAAAAAUUCUUGUAUCCUAUUCAAUCAAGCAGCAAAGUACCUCAUUUUCGAACUAAGGCAAUGCGAAAACUACAUACAUCCAUGUGCUGGCUUCAAGAUUCCCCAAAUAAGGCUAAACAAACCAUGGAAAAAUCAGUAGCAGCACCCCAAACCCCAAAAGAAACAGGAAUUAAGACUGAGGAGGUUAAGCGAUCUUUGAGACAAAAAAUUGUGGAUGAAUUUAAACAUUAUUACAAUGGAUUCUACUUGCUUUGGAUCGACACCAAAGUUGCUGCCAGGAUUAUAUGGAAACUAUUACAUGGACAGGUGCUGACCAGACGAGAGAGACGAAGGCUGCUGAGAACUUGUGCUGAUCUCUUCCGCCUGGUUCCAUUUAUCGUGUUCAUAAUUGUGCCCUUCAUGGAAUUACUAUUACCAGUGUUUCUGAAACUCUUUCCAGACAUGUUGCCAUCAACUUUUGAAAGUGAAUCAAAAAAGGAAGAAAAACAAAGAAAAAGAAUGGCUGCAAAGUCAGAACUAGCAAAAUUUCUCCAAGAAACUAUCACAGAGAUGGCGAGAAGGAACAGAGCCAGGUUGGGAGAAGCCUCUACACAGUUUUCAUCUUAUGUAAAGCAGGUCCAGACAGGCCACACACCUAGCACAAAGGAGAUAGUUCGAUUUUCUAAACUAUUUGAGGAUGAGCUAACUCUGGAACAUUUAGACCGACCUCAGCUGGUUGCUCUGUGCAAACUCCUAGAACUUCAGGCCCUUGGAACCAACAACCUGCUCCGUUUUCAGCUUCUGAUGAAACUGAAGUCUAUAAAAGCAGAUGAUGAAGCAAUUGCCAAAGAAGGAGUGAAUGCCCUGAGUGUAACUGAACUACAAAGUGCCUGUAGAACUCGAGGAAUGAGGUCACUGGGGCUCUCUGAGAAGCAGUUGAGAGCACAGCUCUCACAGUGGCAUGACCUCCAUCUGAAAGAGAAUGUUCCUCCUUCUCUGUUGUUGUUAUCCCGAACCUUCUAUCUGAUAGAUGUGAAGCCAAAGCCUAUUGAGUUUCCUCCAAAUGUUGAGGUUCCAAAGGCAGAAGUUCCUGUAGAAACAUCAGCCUCUUUACCUGAAUCUAAAGAAGUCCUAGUGGACACUGCACCUCAACUUCAGGGAACAAAGGUUGAAGAAUUAAAAAAACUGCCGCCUAUUAUACCACCACCACCACCACCUGUUUCAUUACCUGAAGGACCUAUUUCUUCUUCUUCCAAAGAAACUACUUUUCAGGCUAAAUCACAAACCUCAUCCCAAAAGAGCAAGGCUAGUGCAAAUGGAGUCUAAGAUCGCUUGAAGAUGACACUGCUGUAAUCCAUUUACCCACUCCAUCUCCCUACCUCAGUAGGUAAAGGAUCUCCAGACUGGAUUGUCUAUAUCAUCUUUGGAAUAGACAUUUUAUCAUUGUAGUAGGACUCCUUGAGGUCUUGAAACCUACCCCAGGUGAUGUUAGCAGUGAACUGAAGCUCACAGCCCUUUGCUUGCUACAGUCCUUUCCCACUGUAAAUUAACUCCACAUACUGUAAAUGUGUAAAGACAACUGUUUAUUAUUGGCAUUGGUCAUGUCCUUAGAUAGCUGCAAUUUGUUCAACACCCUAGAGGAAAAAUCUUUUAUAUGGAAUGACUCCUGCUUUGAUUCUUUAAGACCAUCACUUCCUAGAGCAUGGCAUUCUGGCUGGGGCCUUUGGAAUCCAGCAACCAGUGAGCAGAACUUUACCUGUUAGAGCCCUGCUUUCUCAGGUGGUCUUUUGAUUUGUUAGUGGUUUGAUAGGAACUUUUACUUUAAGGAUAUUCAAAUUGAAGUUCUGAUGCUCCUUACUCAUAGUCUUUUUACAAUGGGGACAAAGCCCUCAAAACCAAGUAAUUUAUAAGACAGGGGAAAGGUGCUGUAUUGAUGGAGAGAAAAGAAAACCUCUUAGAAAGCAGUGAGGAGUUAAAAUACAUUGGCAGCCAGCAAGGCUUGGCUGCUGAGUGGCCAUUCUGUCUGACAUCCCCUGUUGGGCCUGAAAUGGCUGCAUGAUGGGCUGGGAAGGAGCUGCCACUAUGCUAGCACAUAUGGCUUUCAUUAGCCAUCAUUUUGCUAGGAAACAUAAUUAGGGUUUGAGGCUUAACUGUUUGUUUGGGUUGGGUGUUUUUUUUUUCCUCCCUAGUCUAUUUAAGCAUUUGACAAAUCAGACUUUUUUUUUUUGUUAGUCCUGGAGGUUGUUUAGGUCUAAUUGUCCUUGUCUGUUACCCAAUAACAAAUAUUAUGUUCAGAUACUUAUUUAUUACUUAAAAACUUUAUUUUAGUGGUAACUUCCUUUGCUGGAAGAUCACCACAGAGAUGACCAGUAACUCUUAGUUUUAGAGAGGCUAGGGAGGGAAUAGACAUUCUGGGUUUUGGGAGAUGAAAAAUGUUGCCAGAUUUGCUGGUAACAUUUAGUUAUUUUUAUUUCCUGGAAAUUGAAAGCAGUUAGUUGAGUACCAUUUAAAAACCAAGUGAAACAAAUUUGGUUCUUCAGACUGGCUGGGAUCACCUGAAUGAGUAACUUAUAUUAUUUCAAAACUAGAAAUAAUUUGCACUUUAAACUGGUUCCUCUGACUCUUUUUCAGCAGGGGAUGAUCUUCAUAUUGUAUUCCUAAUCAACUCUAGUUAUUUGAGCAUUAAGAAUCCCCUGCUGUGCUAAUGCAACAUUCUAUGAAGUCUUGCCACUAGCCUUGCAAGGUGAUUCAUAAUAAACUUUCACAUUUUUAAAG